GCAACCGCCUUCCCACCUGUUUGUUUACCUUAGCAACCAUGGCAGAGACGGUUCAAGAUGUUUCUGAAGCAGAUAAGCGACAUCUCGUUGAACUCGUCAAAGAACUCAGACGCUCCAAUGCGGUGCUACGGGCAGAAACUGAUAUGUAUGAGCGGUAUAUAAGCCGCUUGGACCCCAGGGACUUGGUUCCUCAGCCUUUAUCAGAUUCUCUGGGGGCAGCUGCAGCAUCACAGUUGGAGAUUGGAGGGGGCCGUGGGAGAAAGAUGAAAACACGGACAACAGCUCUGGAGCAGUUACAACGUCUGACAUUGGAGCAAAAGUGUGACGUGGCACAGAGAGAGUUAGAUGAAACCAAGGAGGACCUGGAGAAACUGAAGGAGAGCUCAGAAAGAGUGCUCCACAACUAUAAGGCAACUCUGGAGGAAGCAGAUAUUCGACUUGUGGAGGUCAAGAAAGCAAGUUAUGAGUUUGACCGUGAUGUCGCUAAGGUGUUGAGGGAGAAGAGAGGUGUCAUGAUGGGUGCAGAGAAGGUCAUUCGUUAUUUUGAGGACAGGAUGAGAGCAAAGGACACACUGGUUGAGAAGUUGCGGUUGAAGAAUGCAGCUCUCCAUGUGCAGAAGAGGAAGUUGCAGUUACAGCUACGGCAGAAAGAGGAAAUGGGUGAAGCCCUGCACGAGGUGGAUUUCCAGCAGCUGAAGAUCGAGAACAGCCAGUAUCUCGAACGCAUUGAUGAAAGAAACCAGGACCUUCUGCGCCUAAAACUCCUGGCAGGAAACACCCUACAGGUUCUCAACUCCUACAAGAAGAAGCUGCAGAGCAUGACAUGUGAGUCAAAGCUGCUUAGUAGUGACAUCACCUCCCGUAAGGAGAUGCUGUUGAAGAUCGAGGAGGAGACACUGCAGGCAGAAGAGGAGCGAGCCAAGGCAGAGACUCUUAACAGGAAGCUGCGAGGCCAGCUGGCAGAUUUCCGUGUUCCCCACGUGCUGCAAUACAUCACAGCUAAGGCCUCCCAUAGCCAACUCGAGCAGAGUGUCCGAGCCUGGGAGCGAAAAGUUGAGAUAUCUGAGAUGGCUCUGAAGACACACACCAAGACCUGGAACAAGCUGAAGGAAGCUGCAGGAGCAGGACCAGUCACAGCCCGGUGAAUCCGCACAUGCUUCCUAAUAAAUAUAUUCUCUGCAAAUAUUCAAUCAUCCAAAGCAGUCAAAAAUCCAUCAGUCUCUUUUGUAAACUAGCGGAGAUAUGCCCUUAUAAAGUAACUCAUGUGUUUUAGCUGUUUUUAACUUUCAGUAUAUGGAACAUUUGUAGAAUGGUUGAACAAUCAUGUUUUAAGUCACAAUUGAACUUAUCGCUUGUAGUAGGGUGGUUAAGCUGAUAAAUCGUUCAUUUUUUGAUAAAAACACAAAAUAUGUACCCUGAAAAGAUUUCAAUAUGGAGCCACCCCAGAUUUGACCUCUGUGGGGUGUGGCAGCCAUUUUUUUAAAUGGCCCCCAACUAACAACAUUUUACAAUUCAGAAGGACUGCUUUGAGGUAAAGGCACCAAAUUUGUCAUAGACCCUAGAUUUAUGGUCCCUGAAAAGAUCUAGAUAUGGAGCCACCACAGAUUUGGCCCCUGGGGGCUGUGGAGGCCAUCUUACAAAAUGGUUGCCAAUGGUAACACUAUGGUAGCCUUAGAUACCCUUAAAAUAUUUAGAUGUGGCGCCACUGCAGAUUUGGCCCUGGCAGCCAUCUUACUAAAUGUCCCCAGACUGUACCACUAUUUUGGUGGUGAUUGUUGAUCCGAGAGACCUCCAAAACCAUCAUUAGGGGUUCACAGCAAAGUUGUGAAACCUAUUGUUAUUCUUAGAUUUUAAAACAUUCCUUCACUUGGUCAAAUAAUGUAUACAUAGAUUGGCAACUUUUUUUCUAAUUUGACACACAGAAACUAGAGGCAAUAAGUAACUUGGUCAAAAUGAAUGGCACCGAUUGGCCUAAACUUUGGAUGUGGGCAUCUUUCCUCAUGCUGAACAAAUUUGGCUCAAGAACCCAUCAGGAUAGAUUUUCCUCCAUCUUAGAAAUCUUCUUCUCAUGAACUAUGUCCAAAUAACACCAAAUUCGUAGGCCCAUGGUACAUCUCUUUACUUUAUUUGAGAAAAGCUAUGGGAUUGGUUAAUAAGAUAUGGCGGAGUUAUUGAUAAAUCCAGAAAUCAGAUUUUAUGUGUUCUUUUCAAUCCUUUGUACAUCCACUUCACAAUGGCCUAUUAACUUGAACCUUUAUUUUAGGGUCAUCAGAGACAUUACCAUGAUGAACCAUGUUACUUUUGGCAUUGAUAUCUUAAAAAAUAAGGAAACUAUCCUGAACAAAAAAUAUAAAAACGCAACAUGUAACAUUUGACUGAGUUACAGUUCACAUAAGAAAAUCAAUCAAUUUAAAUAAAUUCAUUAGGCCCUAAUCUAUGGACUUCACAUGACCGGGCAGGGGCAUGGGUGGUCCUUGGAGGGCAUAGGCCCACCUAAUGGGGAGCCAGGCCCUGACAAUCAGAAUGAGUUUUUCCACACAAAGGGCUUUAUUACAGAUAGAAAUGCUCCUCUGUUUCAUCAGCUGUCCAGGUGGCUGGCCUUAAGACAAUCCCACAGGUGAAGAAGCCGAAUGUGGAGGUCCUUGGCUGGCGUGGUUUCAAUUGGUCUGCGGUUGUGAGGCCGGUUGGACUUACUUUCAACUUCUCUAAAACGAUGUUGGAGGUAGUUUAUGGUAGAGAAUUUAACAUCCAAUUCUCUGGCAACAGCUCUGGUGGACAUUCCUGCAGUCAGCAUGUAAAUUGCAUGCUCCCUCAAAACCUGAGACAUCUGUGGCAUUUUAUCUGUUAUUUUACCAGGUAAAUUGACUGAGAACACAUUCUCAUUUGCAGAAACGACCUGGGGAAUAGUUACAGGGGAGAGGAGGGGGAUUAUUAGGUGACCGUGAUGGUUUGAUGGCCAGAUUGGGAAUUUAGCCAGGACACCAGUGUUAACACCCCUACUCUUACGAUAAGUGCCAUGGGAUCUUUAAUGACCGCAGUCAGGACACCCGUUUAAUGUCCCAUCCAAAAGACGGCACUCUACACAGGGCAGUGUCCCCAAUCACUGCCCUCGGGCAUUGGGAUAUUUUUUAGAAAAGAGGAAACAGUGCCUCCUACACCACUUCCAGCAGUAUCUGGUCUCCCAUCCAGGGACUGAACAGGACCAACCCUGCUUAGCUUCAGAAGCAAGCCAGCAGUGGUAUGCUGCUGGCAUUGUGCUGUGUGACAAAACUACACAUUUUAGAGUGGCCUUUUAAUGUCCCAUGCACAAGGUGCACCUGUGUAAUGAUCAUGCUAUUUAAUCAGCUUCUUGAUAUGCCACACCUGUCAGGUGGAUGGAUUAUCUUGGCAAAGGCAAAAUGCUCAUUAACAGGGAAGUAAACAUAUUUGUGCACAAAAAUUCAGGGAUCUUUUAUUUAAUCUCAUGAAACAUGGGACCAACACUUUACAUGUUGCGUUUAUAUUUCUGUUCAGUAUAUUAGCAAUUCAGUUUUUUUUACAAUGUAACGCUAUUGCUUAAAAUAAUCUUGUCAUGGAAUAAGUCUGAUUCACUCCAAAUUUGGUCUCAUCACAAUGGUCCCUGAAGAGUUUGAAAAAAAUAGUGUUGAUGCAUUCAAAGACGGCCAAACUAUACAAGUAGAUGAAUAUUAGCACGUUUUAUUUAGACUCAUGAAUGCACAUAAAGGAAGAUAGUUCCUACAUGAUAGUGCUUGCUUUGUUAUCCAACUGGUCUUGUGUCCUUUGUUAUCCUGGGAACCCCAUUCAUUUCUGCUUGCAGCUAUAUUUUAAGAUAAUUACAGUGCAUUCGGAAAGUAUUCAGACCCCUUGACUUUUUCCACAUGUUGUUACGUUACAGCCUUAUUCUAAAAUGUAUUAAAUUAUUUCUUCCCCCUCAAUCUACACACAAUACCCCAUAAUGACAAAGUGAAAACAGGUUUGUAGAAUUGAUUGCCAAUUUAUAUUUAAAAAAUUAAAAACAACAUUAAUACCUUAUAUUUACAUAAGUAUUCAGACCCUUUCCUAUGAGACUUGAAAUUGAGCUCAGUCGCAUCCUGUUUCCAUUGAUCAUCCUUAAGAUGUUUUUACAACUUGAUUGGACUCCUUUAGUAAAUUCAAUUGAUUGGACAUCUCUUGAAAUAGUCAUUGUAAAAUAUUGGUACUGCUAGGCAGUAAUUUUCAAAGAUGGCUGCCACAGCCCCCAGGGGCCAAAUCUAUGGUGGCACCGCAUCAAAAUAUUUUCAGGCUAUGUAAAUCUACUUCUCUACCAAAUGCAUUUCUCAAAAUAGUCCUUCUGAACUGUAAAAUAGUUAGUCGGCAGCCAUGUUGUGAGAUGGCCCAAAUCUGGGGUGACUCAAUAUCUAAAUAUUUUCAGCUCUGACUAAUUUGGUUCCUUUACCACAAAGCAGUCCUCUAUAUAAAUUGUAUAUUAAGUAUAGCCACUUUGAAAAACAGCUGGUCCUGCCCCCCCCCCCAGGGACCAUAUCUGCAGUGGCUCCAUAUCUAAAUAUUUUCAGGGUAUACAGCUGUACCAAACUUGUUGCUUUUAGUGAACGCUUGAGUAACAUUUUGCAGCGUAACCACUCUACUGUUGACAGACUCUAUAAACAAAUAGCAUCUGACCAAAUUAUGCAAGAUUUUGGUUCUGGGUUAACAGAGAUUACAAUGAACUACAUGAGUGUUAUAUUUGUACAUUACAUUAUCAAUGGUAAGUGCAGUGUAUUUCUUCUGGGCGGCAUAAAGGACAUGUUACAGUCUAUAUUUAAGCAAGCAUUACACACCCUAUUACAAAUUAGAACAUUUGAUUUUAGUGAAUGUACACAUCUUGUCAUAUUGUUUAACUACCUAAUCUACAUACUUAAAAACCCUGAAAGAAUACAUGCCAGUCCCCUCUGCAAUUAAAACAUACAUGACACCCCCCCCCUUUAUAAAAAGUUUAUUUGUUAGUGCUGUGUGUAAUGAAUGCUACAUACAGAUAUUUUAGCAUGAAUGUACACAUACUGUACAUUGUCACAAAUAUUUUUUUCACAUAACAAUUUGAAAAAAGCUAUGUGGAAUAAGUGCCAUCUGAAACACUAAUACCUAGGGAAGAUUACAGGAACUAACACAGCAGGCAUGCACAGAACAGAGAAAGCAGGGUCAAUUGGGGCUAACUGUUAUACACUACACCGGAUGAAAAGUCAUGUCAAUCACAGUCCUAAUGACCCUUCCAUCAAUCAAACAUCUCCUCCCAUUACAUCCUAAAAGACCCUGUUACCUCCUCCCAAGAAUGGAAAUAUUCAUAUAGAUUAAAAAACAUUUUUUUAAAUGUAUAUAAACUAAACUUACACAGUACUUUUCUUUUUAAUUCAAGUCGCAACUGCUUUUUGAUGUGGUCUUAAUGUCAGAUGAAAGACGAAUGACGACAGACAAAUGACAAACUGUUAGCCCACCUCAGGUGACGAUGGAGGAAACAAAAAACACAGCACAGUACAAGAAAUAGAGCAACAACAUUGAGGCAGUCAGUUCUGGAGUAGAAUGGGUGGUUUCUAAAUAACCCUGACCCCAGUUUAACAGUCUACUGAAACUGAUUAUAAAUAACCUUCCUCAAAGUUAGCAUUACCUUAUCAUAAAAUAGUUUUUCAAUACUGCACUCAAACCACAACCAAAUACAUCCCCUUGAAAUACUUCCUUUGAAAAAAAGCCCCCCCACCCACACACACUAAAAAAACACUGAGCCACAUUGAUUUGCCCUCAAAGUUGACACAGAUUUUUGCCUUAUUAGUCGUCUUACCACUUACAGACUAUAAAGAGUCAAUCCAUAACUUUUGCAAUCAAGCUUAAGCAGCCCAUUUUGGUAAGGAUGCUAUAAAAAUUUAAAAAAAAGGCUAUAAAAUCCAGAAGUUAAAAUGAUCUGCACAAAUCUACUGCAGAUAAGUUUGACAUAACUGGGGUUAAACUAUACAGACCUGACAAAAUUCUACACCAGAUGUAUGUUUUAUACAAUCCACUUCACAGCCAGGAUUCCAUUUUCACAGACAUGAUUCAACAAUCAUUCAUCAAAUAAACACAAAGGAGCACCAGGGGUCAGAAUCCUUGUAGGGCUUAGAGACAGAAUGUUCUCCUUGGAAACUUGCAACAUAUAGCACUAUCAUAACAAUGACUUGAAAAUAUGAAAAACAAUUCAAGUCCUCAUAUGAUAAAAAGUUGUAACAUACAAAACAGCCAAUGCAGUUUUAGAAACAAUAGUUAUGCAACUUCUGUAACCAAACUGGUAAACAUACUCACAUACAUAUUGUACUGUAAGAGGAAGCUUGAUCAGGUUUUAGACAUUUUCAGCACAGAUACUCUUCACUGAUCUCUGUAGGAAUAUGAACUGUAUAUGUGUGAAAUAUAUAUUUCUAUAUACCAGUGAGAUGUCUUGAUACUUCAGCUUGUUAAUCUCCACACCUUUGGGAUUUGCUGCAGUACAAUGGUGUUUUGGUACAAACUAUAGUUGCCACAAUGAUGGCCACAUAUACGUCCACAUACAGUCACAAACUUUUGUAAUAUUUCACAAUAGCACAAAAACAAUUAAAAAAUAAACCACUUCUAGUUGGAGUUGAUUCGUGUACAUAAAAAAAAAUCAUAAAAAUAUUUAAGCAAAGAGUAGAGGUGUAUGAUUUUAUUGUAUAUGCGUCAGAGGUUGGAACCAAAAUUAUUUUCCAAUUGUUUCGUUCUGAAGAACAGAACCAUUAUUUUUUACAUUAUGUUGCACUGUUCCCACCAGCCAAAUUAAUGUUCUGAACCGGUUCGACCCAAGAAAGUAAUGAUUUAUAUCAUUCCUUUUUAAACCGCUACAUUUAGCUCAACAUUAAAUGACUUCACCAAUCAGUGAGGAUAGAGCAGCUUGCUAUGGCACGGGCAAGCAAUAGUUGUCUGACAUCUACUGCAUGUGUAAACAAGUGUAGGGCGCGAGAUGCGAUUGACAUUUUCCAGGUGGGGAAAGAUCGAGAGGUUGGAGGAGGAGGCUUGAAGUGCUGGGCAUCUUGUGAUGACAUGCAUUAUCUGAACUAGGCCCACAGAAUUAUACCUACGGAGGAGCGGCUUAUAUGAAGGAACUUUGAAUGUCUUUGAACUUGAAAAGAGUUGGCUUAAAGUUGGACGAGAGCUAGCUAACAAACUUGUGUGUGCAGUGCGGCAUCAGAAUUCAAAUAAAAAACAUCUUACCUUUUUGUAGUUAAUAAAUCCUAUGAGAAACGUGAUAAGGAUACCAUAGUUAACCAGCAUUGAUAAAGUUAAUCCAUUCUUCUCUAAUAAAAAAUCUCUACAUUUCUGAAUCACGCAUGUAACGUCAGUAGGCUACAGUGCUUCGGAGGGGGAGGGACGGGUAAACUACACGCACAAAGAUUUUCUGAGUGACAGAGUGAGGGCUUUGCAUAGGCGCAUUGUUGCGUUUGUGGGACUGUAAAAAAAUACCUGGAAUGUAAAAUAACAUUAUUAACCGGUUCCCGUGCUUUUAAAAUAACGGUUCUGUUCCAGAACAGUAUAGAUCACUUCCGUUCCCAGUUCUGAUCAUCAUUUUUGUUUUAGUGAUAUUUCUGGUUCUGUUCCCUGAACCGGUUCCAUUUCCUGAUAUACAUACACUGCUACUACAGUGAUUAGGUUGUGGAAAAGUAACCAAUACACAAUCAUUUCAACCCUCCACCCACCAAACAAAACAAUUUAUAUCAGAGUUGAUACAGCAUCAUUGAUUCCAAUUUUUUUUAAAGCAAGAGGCCAUCAGUAGACUGUAGCAGCUGCUGAAACUUAGCAAUCAUAAAAGUCUUGAGUAUCCUGGGUAAGAGAAUGGAAAAUUAAUGCAUGCAGGAUCUCUGUAGAUGCAUUCUAGAGUGACAACCACUGUUGGCAAGAGAAUAGUUCUGGGUCAUGGUGCAACACACCAGUCAAGCAGGUCAUCACAAGGGGAACUGGUCCACAUCGCCUUUUUUCUUUUUAAUCUACAAGGUAAUUUAUGUACAAAUGCAAAGCUUUUCAUAGACAGAAAUGUAGGCGAAUGUGGUGAUUUACAUUUAUUUUUUUCCCCACUUGCAAGGAAGUUGAUUCAAGAAGGUAAGGAUAGAUAAGAGUAAAUGACCUGGGCUAGAACAUCCACCCUAGUGUUUGAAGUGAAAGACAUAUCCUUGUUGGUGUCUCCUCUGUCCUUCAGACAGUAGCCCUAAAGCAGUGACACUUGGCAGUGACUUCUAUUUUUUGUUUUUAACAAUUAUAAAUUGUAUGGGUUUCUUAGGGUGGGGAAGUGGACUGGUAUCAGUUUUCAGAUGGGAAGUGAGGGUAUGGAUUGUAUAUGCUGGGGACAAAUUAAGAGUAGGCAGGGACAUUCGCUAUGGACUCGAUAAGAAGUGGCACAGAGUAACCUACCAUCGGGUAACCCUCCCUUUAGAUUUGUGCUGGACUGUGUGCUCCUGCAAGGCUCCCAGGUCUCCAAAGCAUUUGAACUGGGUAUCUCUGGAAAGCACCAGAGUGUGCACUCCAGAGAUGCCCAGUUCAAGUGUGUUAAGCUGGGUGCUGCAAAUUAAUGGUAGACAGGGACGUUUGCUAUGAACUUGUACAGAGCGGAGGGGCGUGACUAUAUGCAAGGUGGCACAGGGUAACCCCCUCCUUCAGCUGUGUGCUGGACUGUGUGCUCCUGCAAAGCUCCCAGGUCUCCAAAGCGCUCUCCACACCAAACACACUUGAACUGGGCAUCUCUGGAAUGCACACUCUGAUGCUUGGCCAGGUGCUCCCGUUGCUUGAAGCCUUUAUCACAGCUAGCACACUUAUAGGGCUUCUCCCCGGUGUGGACACGCUUGUGCCUAUUCAGGUCAGACGAGUACUUGAAGCGCUUCUCGCAUUCGGGACACUUUAAGGGCUUCUCUCUGGAUGGGUCGCAGCGGUGCUGCACAAACUCUGAGGAUGACAGGAAGCGGCGGUCACAUAGGGAGCACUUUAGGGGCUUCUCUUGACAGUGCGAGUUCUGAUGUCGCUGCAGUGUCGAACUCUUCUUGUAUCCCUUGCCGCACACGUCACAUUUGUAAGGCUUGUCUGUCUCCCUAGAUGAAGAGGACGACUCACCGCAUUUGUGGCGCAGCAGCUCUCCUGACUGACUGAAUUCCUUCUGGCAGGAUGCACACUUGAACAGGUUCUCCAUGCCGUGGACGUGCUGGUGGUACAGCAGAUGCGAUGGCUGCAAGAAGCCUUUGUCACAAAGGUUGCACUUGAAGGGGCGGUCAGAUGGGUUUUUGUGCGUGCGCCUAUGGCGCACCAGGGCAUACUGCUGUUUGAAACUCAUCUGGCACUCCUCACAGUGGAAGGGACGCUCCUCAGAGUGAGUGCGCUCAUGCUGCCGCAGGUCUGAUGGACGCUUGAAGCCCUUUCCACAGGUUGCACAGCGGAAGGGGCGUGCCCCUUGUGGGUGGCAUGGAUGAUGCAGCAGUUCCGAAGACUCCUUGAAGUGCAGUUCACACAGGUUGCACUUAAACAGAUGCUCUCCGGAAUGGGCAUACAUGUGGCGCACCAGGUGGGAGCGGUGCUUGAAGCUCUUGUCACACACAGCACAUUUGUAUGGGCGCUCAGAGCUGUGGGUGCGCUGGUGAUGGGCCAGGUGAGAGGACUGGCUGAAGCUCUUGUCACACGUGUCACACUUGAAAGGCUUCUCUCCAGUGUGCACACGCUCGUGGCGGGCCAGCUCUGACAGGUGCCUGAAACCCUUCUGACAGACGGAACACUUGUAGGGCCUGUCACGGGCCGAUGGAAAUGUAAUUGAGGAAGAGGAUCCCACUGCCACACUCCCACUGGAAGAGGCUCCAUCAGCAGAUGGCUGCUGAGGGUUGGUGGCAGAGGAGGAAGGUGUGGUGUUCCCAGAGGAGCCCGGUCGGUAAGUCUUCUCACAGAUGGAGCAUUUCAUGGGGUUGGUGCUGUUGUGCGAGGUGUGGUGCUGUGCCAGCGAGGUGAGCAGGGAGAAGCCCAUCUUACACACACCACACACAAAGGGCUUCUGCUCCACCUGCACACACUGGUGCUCCAGCAGAUCAGUGGCCUGGUGGAAGAUCUUCAUGCACUGGGUGCAUUGGAAGGAGCGGUCCUGGCUCACCAUACACUGGUGCUCAUGUGGGUUGGCCAGGUGGGAGAUGUCGUGGCCGCAUGCUCCACACUUGUGACCGCCCUCGCCCCCUACCUGCAGAGAGGGCUGCUGUACCUGGGUAGGGUGUUGCUGCUGGCUGUGCUGCUGGCUGUGCUGCUGGCCAUGCUGGUGCUGCUGCUGCGACUGCUGCAGAGUGGGGUCAGGCUGCAGGACAAUACCAUAGACGGCGCAGCCCAACGCAUUCUCCGCCCCCGGUGGUAUGGUGUGCACCACUGGAGGGGGAGCAACAGCAUGCUGCUGCCACGCCUCACUCAUCCUGGCUCUUGUGUAGGGAUUCAGUUUUGUAUCGUAGUGGGGGCUUUUAUGAAGAAAAAUCAAAGGUACAUUGAUUGGUGGACAGGUGGGUAGGGUGGAAAGUCAGUAAUUUAGUCUGCCAUUUCGGUGGAGAACAUCACUAAAUAUAAAAAUAUAUACAUAUAAAAAAAGGCUUGUUUUUAGGAUGCAAUAGAUUGGGUGUCUGAAAAGUAUAUGCAGAGGAAGAACACCUGCUGCAAAGACAUUUAAAUUUAGAAAAAUUUAACCCACUGUCUCCAUGAGUCUUCAGUCCUCUUCUGAUGACUGCAGAAAAAGGGAACAAUUAUUAUUAAACUAUUCACUAGUACUGUGUGCGGUAUGGCAUCCUAGAAGAAGUGCAAUAUCUCAGUUUCAGAGACUUUCCCUGAGACAACAGAAUAAUUAUCAGAGCCCAAAAGGAUAGACUACAUUUUUUUAAAAUGUAUUUAACUAGGCAAGUCAGUUAAGAACAAAUUAUUUUUUACAAUGACGGCCUAGGAAAAGUGGGUUAACUGCCUUGUUCAGGGGCAGAAUGACAGACUUUUACCUUGUCAGCUCGAUGAUUCGACCGAGCAACCUUUCAGUUUACUAGUCCAACACUCUAACCACUAGCCUACCUGCCGCCCCAGACUUCAGAGGAAGCAGGUCAGAAAACACUGCUACUACUAUAUCCUUCCAUCAGAUUAAAAGCAGCUGUAGAGGGCUACUUCAUUCCUGCUUACUUGUCUAAUGAUCCAUCAUCACAAACACACAACAAGAUAGCCAUAUCCAAACAAUCAAAACCCCUUAUUUUCAUUCAACCUGGUCUCAUAGACUAGACAUAACAUAGUAAAAUGUAAAUCCGCUACACUCAAAUUACUAUGAUAUGUUAGGUUUGGUAUGGUUACAUAAAAUAGGUUACUUCAGGCAAAAACUAAAGGAGGAUGAUUGGUCCGGGAGGAUGGGUGGGCAUAUAAAACGCAAACGUCUGGCAACCCAAAGGCGGCAUGUUUGAAUCUCAUCUCGGACAACAUUACUUACUACUUUGUACCCAGCUAGCACAGUGGAUCUGGGCCAAUUCCAGGUGAGAGUCGGGGCACUCAGCUGAGAGUCAGAGUUUGGGCCGCCUUCAGCAGUAUUACUUAUGGCUAGGAUGCGGGGAUUGAGCUUGGGCUGAUUCCGGUGUGAGUUAUCUGGCCCAAAUAUAUUACUUGGGGCUCGGGACAAUUCCAGUGAGUUAUCUGGCCCAAAUGUUUUACUUGGGGCUCGGCCGAUCGGGGCUGCUCCCUGGCAGAUGAUUACACAGGCUGCUAUACAUAAUUAACAUUUCAUUAUUUAUUUAAUUUCCCCCCUCAUUGUUUCUGUGAUUAAAAAAAUACAAUUAACAUUUAAAUUAAAUUCUUUAAGAGUCCUGUGUAGCAUUUUGAUACUUUUUGCAAGGCAGUUGAUAAGCAUUAAAAACUUUGUGGCUGGAACUUCCCGAGUGGCGCAGCGGUUUAAGACACUGGAUCGUAGUGCAAACUGCGUUUCUACAGACGCUGGUUCGAGACCCUUCCCGGCCGUGACCAUUAGACCCAUGAGGGGGCGCACAAUUGUCCCAGCGUCGGCACGAGGUAGGGGAGGGAUGGCCUUGUCCCAUUGCGCUGUAGCGACUCCUGUGGCAGGCUAGGCGCAUGCACGCUGACACGGUCACCAGGUGUGUGGUGUUUCCACUGAGACAAAAAAAAAUAAUUGUGGAUGGGUAUAAUUUGUAUGUAUAAAAUAUAUAAUAGUAAUAUUAAAAAUUACUAAAUUGGGUAAUUUUGUAUACAUUAAUUUAAAUUUGCAUUGGGGCGAUUCUGGUAAGAUGCCGGCAAAGUUGGUAGACGGAAAUGGCUCAAUGUACUUGAUCCGAUUCUGGGCAGUCAUUCAUUUUGAUUCCGGACAGAGUCCGACACCCAAUUCCGGGUCGAUGCAAUCAGUUCCAGCUCCCCGGAAGAGGGCGCUUCUGGGCCGAUUCCUCAUUGCUAGCUGGGUUGCUAUUUUGCAACUACUUAGCAUGUUUGUUAACCCUUCAUCUAACCUUAACCCGGCAGGUAGCCUAGUGGUUAGAGCGUUGGGCCAGUAACUGAAAGGUUGCUGGAUUGAAACCCCGAGCUGACGUUCUGCCCCUUAUAACAAGACAGUUUACCCACGGUUACCCGGUAUGUCAUCAUUGUAAAUAAGAAUUUGUUCUUAACUGACUUGCCUAGUUAAAUAAAUGUUAAAAAAAUAAAAACCUAACCCCUAGCCUAGCUAAAAUUAGCCACCUAGCUAACGUAUCAUACCUAUUUACAAAUUCGUAACAUAUUUUACAAAUUGGAAUUCGUAACAUAUGAAUUGUUAUUUGUAACAAUGGACAUCCACAAAUUAAUGCAUAAUGCAUACCAUACGAAACAUAUCAUACUAAAUGGAGGGAAACACUGAGUCCAGGUUGUUAUUUAUAUGUAUUAUAGGGAGACAGACAAUAUUUAAACUGGUGCGUCCGAGUACAUCAGGCUAUUUUUCAAAACAUUCUAUCGGGUGAGCACUAAUGUCUAGUAAUGCUCUUAACGUUACUCCUUUCUGAAUAUGUCAAUCAUAUUGGUUUGGGUUGAUUUACGAUCGGUGUUCCCCAUAAUUACACUAUUGGUGACAUGCAUAUUCAAAUCAUCCACAGCGUGCGCAAUCAAUAAGCAUCCAGUUGGUCGGUGUUUGCGCACGAAUGUAAACCGAAGAAAAACAACUCGAUUUACCUAGCUAGUUACGCCAUUGCAUUUUCCACACGAGAGAGAAAAGCAAACAGCCCAGAAUUUGUUAACGGAGCCGGGCGGCAGUCGCUGUCUCAUUUUGCAGAAGCAUAGCUGCAUAUAUCUGUAUGGCGAGCUAGUUAACGUUGCGUUUGCUUGUAAUGUUGCGAUUGGAAAAUAUUCAGCUAUUGUAUUAAACUGAUCUAUAGACGCAGUAAAUAAAUGAGUAACAUAUUUGGGACAUUAUUGCUGGUAACAUACCUUUAACGUUUUGCGGAGUUUUUUGUAGCGUCUGACGAUUUUGACAGAAAAAGUAUUCGUAGGCCCAAUAAUACCUCUUUUCAUAUCCGCAUUCAGCCUCGGUCAGUCGGAAUAUCUGUCCGCUCUCUUGUCAAGCGGGUUUGGCAUUAGGGCCGAAAAAUUCAGAGCUUUUGUGUCGUUCUAAAUGACCCAACUAAAUGUGUAAUAUUCUAUUUAGCCCAGAAUGGUUAACUUUGUCAACGCCCAUAGAAUGUGAUCACUAGGCCAUACUCCCCCCGCUUAAAAAGGCGAUUUAUGUUUUUAAAUAAAACGCUAGCUAGCUAACUGACUAGCCUCAGAGUUCCUUCCCAGGCACGGGAACAUGAAUAAUCAAGGUUUAAUUGGCACGCUCACAUACACCCGGAACCUGCAACGAAUAGCUUUUAUCUUUCUUCAAUUAAUACAUUUUUAUAGCUAUGCAGUACAGUAAUAUUGUUGUGUAUUUUCGCAAAUAAUAUUGAUUGUAAGUAAGUGAAAGCUAUAUAAAUGUGUGGUGCCUUGCUAUGUUUUGUAACCCCAUGAAGAUGCUGAUAUGAAGAGGUUGUUUCAGAUAAUCACUUGUGUUCUGAUAAUCACGUUUAAAUAAAAAAUAUACCACACAAGCAGCUACUUAAAUUAUACUACCAUUAUGUACAUUAUGAUUCAAUAUAGUCUACUGUGAAAAUGUUUUCAGAACGUCACUGAAUAUGGAACCAAUUUGAACGGUACUUUGUUUCAGGGGGACAUAAAUGACCACAGCAACGGUUUGUUUUUAUCGGAAGUAUAUCGCAAGCCUGCGCAAUCCGUUCAUUGGUCCAAUGUUCUACUAACAAAAAAAGCUGUUAGAAUUGUAAGUGUAUGUAUGUCCCUUAAGGUCCUUGUGUAAUUGUAAUGUGAUAUUGUACCCCCAAGCUCGACUGUCCAUUGUAUAUCAUCUAUAUAUACUUGUUCCUCAAAAAAAAAUUCAAGGUUCCCAUUUCUUAUUUUUAUGACAGAAAUCAAGAACGUUUAUUUAUGAAUUUGUAAUUGAAAGCUUUACAUAUUAGAAUGUUAGUCAGUUACAGUAACAGCCCUGAAGAGGAAAUAGAAAAUGUGCUAUUAGAGGAUGUAACAAAAAGGCUACGAUACUGGCACAGAGAUGACAACUCAUUAAGGAAGAAUGCACAAAUCAGAGGAACACACCACCAAAACAAGCAAGUGUCUCUGUGCAUCGGGAGGAAGAUGACUCCAAGUCCAGACUGCCUCUUCCUGGCAGUGUGCUGGACAUGUUUACAGAGGAAGAUGAUGACCCACAGACUGGACAACAUACAACAUGGUGGACGGAUUCGCUCUUUCAAACAUGAGAGGAGAGGGGAAACUGGGCCACUUAAGUGUACUUUCCACAUAAAUGCCUUAUCUUCAGAGCUGCAUACACUCACAUCACAUGCACAAUGUUUUUGUCUUGAAGAGUUGUUUGCUCUCUGUCUUAACAUCCCACUACUUCUUAUGUCCCUCCUUAGACAUCCCAGAGGAAGGAUUCUUGGAGCUGCUUGAUGAGAUGACUAAAGUAGCAGGAUCCCAUGACAUCUCCCUCACUCAUACAGACGAGUUUCACCUCAGUCUAAGACAAUGGUUCUGAGGCAUCAUUGGAUCCAGCCUUUCAUACAGUCCCUCAGAACAGGCUUGGCACAUGGCAGGAGGUUUGCUAUAGUACAACCAACAUUUAUGUUUUGUCCCUUUUGUUUGUGGAAUUGGUGUUACUAUUCUCUGUUAUAUUUUGGUAAGAUGAUGCAUGUCACCAGAGGUAUACUGGCAGGAAACAAAUACUCUGCUAAAUAGUCUGAAUGAGGUAAAGUGAUUGCAAUCUUUUUUAUAGGUUCAUUUCUUUGGCUGAGAAGCUGAAGGUCUACUCUAAUGAUGAUAAAACCAGGUAUAGUAGGAUCUCUUAUCACGAUGAGUGAGACAGGCCUCCUGCCAUGUGCCAAGCCUGUUCCGAGCAUGCCCCCAUUCACAUCGACGUGGCUGUAGUGGAGCGGUUCGAGAGCUUCAAAGUUCCUCAGUGUCCACAUCAUUAAGGAUCUAUCAUGGGCCAAACACACCAACACAGUCGUGAAGAGGGCAUGACAACUUCUCUUUCUCCUCAGGAAGCUGGAAAAAUUUAGCAUGGGCUCUCAGAUCCUCAAAAAGUUCUACAACUGCACCAUUGAGAGCAUCAUGACUGGCUGCACCACCACUUGUUAUGGCAACUGCUUGGCAUCCGACCGUAAGGCGCUACAAAGGGUAGCGCGUACGGUCUAGUACAUCACUGGGGCUGUGCUCCCUACCAUACAGGACCUCUAUACCAGGCUGUGUCAGAGGAAGGCCCUAAAAAUUGUCAGACUCCAGCCACCCGUCAUAGACUGUUUUCUCUGCUACAUCUCGGCAAGCAGUACCGGAGCACCAAAUCUGGGUCCAAGAGGCUCCUGAUCAGUUUCUAGCCCAAAGCCAUAAGACUGCUGAACAGUUAAUCAAAUGGCUACCUGGACUAUUUGCAUUUCACUGGCUCUAUGCACACUCACUGGACUCUACUCACACAUACUACACUGACAUUCCAACACACACUACAUACACUCACACAGACAUGCAUAUUGACGCCACUCACACAGACACACUUUCACAAUCUUCACAUACACAGCUGGUACUCUGUUUAUUAUCUAUCCUGAUUGCCCAGUCACUUUUACCCCUACCUACAUGUAAAUAUUACCUCAACUACCUCGUACCCCUGCACAUUGACUCAGUACUGAUACUCCUUGUAUACAGCCUUGUUAUUUUGUCACUAUUUCCUUUUAUACUUAGCAAAUUUAGGUUACUUUAACUCUGCAUUGUUGGGAAGGGGCUUGUCAGUAAGCAUUUCACGGUAGUCAACACCUAUUUUUAUUUUCUUGAUUUGACAGCAUGAUCAUGUACAAGAUCAUAGUCUUACGAUCUAGUAUUCUGCUCUCCCCUACAGGACAUUACUGGCUAUGGAAGUCUCCACAGGACAGGCUCAGCUACUAGAGCUUAUGAAAGCAGUGGACGGCACCAUGGAGGAGUUCACCCUUCACACUUUUUACAAGAAUCCUUCCUUCCAUGUAAGUCUGACCUGGUGUGUUGGUGACUGCACGGAACACAUUCGCAAAGAGUGUCUGCAGGAGUUGCAGGAUGCCACCUUUCCAACAAGUCAGUUCGUCAAAUGUCUGCCCUGCUAGAGCUGCCCCGGUCAACUGUAAGUGUUAUUGUGAAGUGGAAAUAUCUAGGAGCAACAACGGCUCAGCCACGAAGUGGUAGACCACACAAGCUCGAAGAACGGGACCGCCGAGUGCAUACCAUCGUCUGUCCUCGAUUGCAACACUCACUAAUAAUUUUCCUCUUUAUUUAGCCAUCUUACACAUAAACUUGAUUUUUUUUAAUCAAAAAUGGUGAAUAACUCACCACAGGUUAAUUAGAAGGGUGUGCUUGAAAGGAUGCACAUAACUCUGCAAUGUUGGGUUGUAUUGGAGAGUCUGCCUUAAAUCAUUUCCCACACACAAUCUGUACCUGUAUUUAGUUAUGCUAGUGAGGGCUGAGAAUUAGGGCUGGGCAUACUGUAUUUUACUAUAUACCGGUAUUGAUGCACAGACCGGUUUGGGUUUUUACUUUACCUUCUAUAAUGGUAUUUUAAUGUUUGGUUUGUUAAAUGUGUUACGCCGUGUGUAACUCUGUCACUUUAUACACAGACCUAGUCCCACCCCGUCACUCAAUGCGUUGUUGCUUUACCACGAGACACUUUUGUUCACUCUGCAUGGUCAAUGCAGCUCAUGCAACAAUGUUGAUCUUAAUGUAAAUCCACAAGCGUUCUAUAAUUACAAUAUUAGUGUGUUUCUUACAUCUGCAAACAGCUAGUUUGUAUUUUCUUAGCAGGUUAAGCUAAAUUGUGUUAGUACUUUUAUAAACUAGCGAUUAGCAUUAGUGGCUAAGUCAGUGCUAACGUAGCCAGCUAAUACCAGUCAAGGUGGAAGCCUAAAUCAGCAUGUUGUUUAUGCAAAAGUAUCUUCUAAAUCGAAUAAUUAUAUGUUGGCUACAUGAAUAAAGAUUGAAUGUAGCUGUUACGAAUCCCUUUUGGCCCGACAGUCUAGGGGGGGAUGGUAAUGAGACCCGUAACAUAACUCAUGCAAAUUAUUAUUGUGACAAAGUAAAAGUGUGCACGAAAUAACCACGACAACAGAAAUCUACCGUCAAACUCUAGGUUUAUUUAUAAACACACGGUAAUGGGGGGAGCAGGAAAAGGGGCUGAGCUGGACCCAAGGAAAGAAACAAUAAGUAUUCAAAAACACCCCUAAGCUAGACUAGCCUACUUUAAACAACAGCUAACUAACUAACCAAAAAUACAGUGGGUGGUCCGCCCAGUUCUAACUAGUGUAUUUAACAAAGUUCACCUACGGGUAGUGUAUGCCCAUGGGCGACUUGUCUUGGUUUCCCCCUUUUCCCACCAGCAACAAACAAACACCAUAACCAAAAACAAUACUCACAGGUGAUGACAAAGUGCUAUGAGGUGUUUAAACAAAAGAGAGGUUAAGACACAAAGCAAGAGUGAAACACAGAGACCUACAGACAUGGCAUUUACAGAGAGAUUGAGCUCUAGAACAAACAAAUGAUGGGGUUUUUAAACCAUGGGGAAGGAACUGUGAUAGGGUAGGAAAUAGGAGGAGGUGUGUCUUCUGAUUGAUGAUUGAUUGUUGACUGAUUGGGGAGUGAUGAUUUUCACCUGUGAGGGGAGAAGGAGAGAAAAGAAACACACACACAGGAUAUACACACACACACAGGAUAACUGUAUCCGUAACAGUAGCCAAAGAUUAUAGGGUCCCCUAGGAAACACUGAGCAUCAUUUUGGUUCCUACCCUGCCACAAUUACUCGUCCAUGGCAUUUCCAUUCGUUGUCAUGUCAAACACUGUAUUCAAAGUGCCUACUAUUGUUUAUAUUCUAACUAUAGAAUUAGAAUAAACAUUAUAUUUCCAUGAUUCCAAAAGUUAACCCAAGUGUUUUGAUCUAAAUCGCAAUUGCAAUUGCAACUGCAACUUUUGGUUAAAAACAAGGCCUAGUUUUUCCCCCCAUAUCGUGGCAGUGUGGAAAUGAUCUCAAACGAAUGCAGGAAAUUAUUUUAGGUUGAAGUUUAAUUGAACAGUAUAAAAGUAUUCUAAUGGAGAAAGACCCAUUGAAAUCAUUUAGAACAUAUGUGUUGCCACCCUAGGGUCACGCACUACUCAUAAAGCAAAUGUAGAACUUUUAUGAAUCAAAAACAUAAAAUAUCGUCAAAUACCAUCAUACCGUCAAAAAUGUAAUAUGAUAGUUUGGCCAUAUCGCCCAGCCCUACCGAGAAUCCACUCUCACAUAGGUACGUGGUUGCAAAGGGCAUCAGUGUCUUAACAGCACGAUUUGCCAAGGCAGGAUACUUUGAGCGCAGACCAAUCCAGAAAUCUGGCAGUGGCUUCUGAUUAAAUUAAAUUUUCACAGAACCACUUGUUGCAAUUUCGAUGAGGUUCAGAUAACGGUAAGUGGACUGGGGCAGGGCAUGAAAGGGAUAACAAAUCCAGUUGUUUGUGUAAUCCGUUUCAGGAAAGUACCUAAGUAAUUGUGCAACCAACUCACUCAGGUGCUUCGCUAUAUCACAUUUGACAUUGUUCGUAAACUUGAGUUCAUUUCCACACAUACAAAUCGUACAAUGAUGGAAAGACCUGUGUUGUUCUUGUUAAUGCAGACAGAGAAGAGCUCCAACUUCUUAAUCAUAGCCUAAAUGUUGUCCCGCACAUUGAAUAUAGUUGCGAAGAGUCCCUAUAAUCCUAGAUUCAGAUCAUUCAGGCGAAAAAAACAUUGUCAUCAUGCAAACGGUCAGACAAGUGAAAAAUUAUGGUCAGUAAAGGAAACUUUAAGCUCGUCUCUCAAUACUGUGCACCUUGAUAACCAGCGCACUACUGUAUGUUGUAAAAGUGUUACAUGGUCGCUGCCCAUAUCAUUGCAUAGUGCAGAAAAUACACGAGAGUUCAGGGGCCUUGCUUUAACAAAGUUAACCAUUUUCACUGUAGUGUCCAAAACGUAUUUCAAGCUGUCAGGCCUUCCCUUGGCCGCAAGAGCCUCUCGGUGGAUGCUGCAGUGUACCCAAGGGGUGUCGGGAACAACUGCUUGCACGCGCGUUAUCACUCCACUCAUAUCUCCGUCAUGGCUUUUGCGCCAUCAGUACAGAUACCAACACAUCUCAAAGUCCAUUUGAUGUCACAAAGCUGUCCAGUACUUUAAAAAUAUCCUCUCCUGUUGUCCGGGUUUCCAGUGGUUUGCAGAAGAGGAUGUCUUCCUUAAUUGACCCCCCAUAAACGUAACGGACACAUACCGGGAGCUGUUGACUGCGAAGCAGUAAUUGUUUCAAAACAUCUCCUGCCAUGUCACUGAUGCGUCAUGAAACAGUGUUGUUUGAUGAAGGCACAGACACAUGCAUACGCACACAUUGUGAUAUUGUUGUAUGGUGGUAUUGAACAUCUUGUUUUGUGGAUAUGUGGUGGUGUAGGUGUUAUGAUGUACUAUUUUAUCUUUAGCUCAUUCAGUACAAACAGUUCAGUUUCAUCUUUAUCUAUGUUUUAAAUGUAAUGUGGGAGCUUUGGUGUGUUUGGACCCCAGGAAGAGUAGCUGUUGCUGCGAAAACCUGUUUUCGCUUUGUCAUUAUGGGGUAUUGUAUGUAGAUUGAUGAGGGUAUUGUUUUUAUUCAAUCCAUUUUAGAAUAAAGCUGUAACUUAAUAAAAUGUGGAAUAAGUCAA